CAGGAUCAUCCCCGUCGAAGAAGAGUGAAGCCCARCCCAGUGGUAGGUUAAAGAUGCACAGUGAUGGGUCUGUGUGAACCUUGCUGACUUACUCUGGUGAUUGGCUCCCCAAGCCCAUCGUUCAACAUGCAAGGAUUCUACUCCAAGCUCGACUCCUCCCAGUCCUCGACCCCCUUGCUUGGGGUGGGCCUCGGGGGAGAAGGCGCUGCCCGYGUGCCUCUCAGCCUGGCUCUGGAGGCGGAGAAAGCCCAGGCCCUCCUGCAGACGUUCAGCUCGGCCUCCCUGUUGGCCUCGGCGGGGCUCGGGAUGUUCUGCGUGGCGGCGGACCACGCCCUCCAGCUGUCCGCCGUCCAGAACCACCUGUGGCUGCGCGCCGCCUUGGACAAUGCCACUCACGGACUGAUAGGGCUGUGGUCGUGGGCGAUUGUGAUCGGACUGAGGAAAAGGAGUGAUUUGUAUGAGGUGCUGCUGGCGGGGCUUCUGGCAUCCAUCAUAGACCUGGACCACUUCUACAUGGCUGGAUCUCUCUCACUCAAGGCUGCCGUCUCGCUCCCACACCGCCCCCCACUCCACUGUUCCUCCCUCAUCCCCGUCAUCUGCCUCACCCUGCGCUUCCUCAUGUGGGUGGGCCGCCUCAAGGACUCCUGGUGCUCCCUGCCGUGGAUGCUCUUCAUCUCCAUGACCACGCACCACGUCCGGGACGCCGUCCGCCACGGCCUGUGGGUUUGCCCGUUCGGCAACACCGCGCCCGUCCCCUACUGGCUGUACGUGAGCACCACGGCGACGCUCCCCCACCUCUGCUCGGUGCUCAUGUACCUGACCGGGACCAGGGACAUGAUCUCCACGAAACACGGAGUAGCCAUCGACGUUUAGGUGACGUCUGACGACAGGUUUCAAACCUUUAAAUACUUGAAAUAUGAAGGGGAACUAUGUAUAGCUCUUGAAAUAUGUGGUUUUCAGUUUAUGUGAAACUAACGCUAACUGUUUGAUGCUUUUCAAGAAAGGGAAUAUCUUUAAUGUAACAGAACAUUCCAAUGAGUGCCAGUCGUGAGUGUAUUCUUUAAAAGGUCCCUCUGUGGUUUACCGUACGUAUCUGAACCCCUGACUGAAGAGURCUUUUUAUCUCUAAUUGUUUUUAUAGCUGUGAAAGGUUUUCUUUCUUCUUAUCGGACAACUUUUGAACAAUUCUUUAGGCAAGAUUUGUAAUUUCCUUUUCCAGUCUAGCCUCAUCCUACAAACACUCAAGGAAAAGUCAACCAAAGGUUCGACCACAGGCUGUAAAACUACUCCACACCGGGUCACUUUCUUCUUCACUGCACCCAGCAGCUUCAGCACUGUCAUCCUUCUGUGGGUUGAAUUAGUCUCUGUGACUCUAAUGAAUUCCAACGCACAUGUAUAGCUUUUUGUAUCGGACUGGACUCAAAUUCUGCCGAACGACAGAUCCACUGUAAAUACCACAAAACGGUGUUUAAUGCCCCUUUCAAAGCCAUUUUCAUUAGGCCAGAUUCUUGGAACCAGCCAUUUUUUAGUACCUACUUCGUUGUGGUUCCAAGUGGUCAUAGUCGACACCAAAAUGCGACGUCAGAACUCUGUUCGUGACUUAUAAUAACUCGAGGCGCCGUUUUUUUUCAAUUGCAGCAGCGACAUUAGUCGUGUUUCCGUCCAACUUUAAUUCAAAUUUUUAAAUUUUCAGAACUUAUUCGGCAAAUGUGUUUCCAUCUCUCAUUUUGCGCAUUAACUCUUU